AUCGAACAAUUACCCGGUGAAUUGAGAGAUCGAAGUACCGAAAUGCGCAUGCUCGAUCUGCAAGCACAGCAGUUGCAUGAGCAAGCAAACAGGGACAGAGAUGAAUUCUUCGAAACUGGUGGUAAUCUUCCGCAGGAGGAGAAAAUUAAACGUUACAACGAUAUUAUGGAUCUUUAUGCUCGUGCCAAAGCGCUGACAGACGAAAAAGUAGCAAUAGCGGAGAUUAUGCAUAGUCUGCUGUCAAAAUAUAGCCAAAAAAUCAACAAGGAAAUAUUGCAUUUCAAACUGGAACUCGAAGCCGAUAAUCCGGGCAUCACUGAACAGAUUGAGAAAAAAUUCAAUGAAACAGAGCGAAAUCUUUAUCUUCAGCGCAAAGAAAGAAGACGUAAAUAUCGCGAAGCUGCAGCAGGUGGUGCAGCAAUGAUAAAUGGAAAUUCAGAUGCGCCAUCCGAAGCAGCUAAUUCGGCCAAUGUUGGUGAGGCAAGUAGCGGUGCUGCUGCUGUUGGUGGUGUUGAAUCGACCGCACCAAUACAUCGAAGUGCUAGCCGUAUGUCACUGGCAGCAGCAGCAGCAGCAGCGGAGAAUGAAGCAUCAUCUGGUAGCCGAGCGCGGAGCACAGUCAGUGAGCGUGAUCCUGACUUGCCCCCGCUGAAGGUAAUCGUGGUGAGUUGA